GAUGAAGAAGACGCUGAAGACUACUGUCGAGGCGGAUAUCAUCCAGUCUGCAUUGGUGACACAUAUCUUGAUGGUCGCUACAUUGUUUUGCGUAAGCUUGGCUGGGGUCAUUUUUCCACCGUCUGGCUCGCCAAAGACACCAAGUAUGGUUCGCAUUUCGCUCUCAAGAUUGUGAGAUCUGCUUCAAAUUACACUGAAGCAGCCAUUGAUGAAAUUAAACUGUUAGAAAAAGUCGUCAAGGCCAAUCGAAACGAUCCACAUCGUCGCUAUAUUGUGGAACUAUGCGAUUCUUUCAAGGUUAAAGGUCCACAUGGAACUCACAUUGUCAUGGCAUUCGAGGUUCUUGGUCCUAAUUUAUGGAAUAUGAUUCGAAGAUAUCAUCGUCGUGGUAUCCCCAUUGAUAUUGUGAAACGCAUUACCAAGCAGGUUGUGAUGGGUUUAGAUUAUCUACAUUCCGAGUGUGGUAUUAUCCAUACUGAUUUAAAACCAGAGAAUAUUUUAAUUGCCAUUGAUGUUGAAAGUGUAACUUCGAGCAUUUUUGAAAAUAACGACUUUGAGGAUCAUUACACUUGCAACGGUGAUGCUGAGGUGGCACGAGCUACUUUACCGCCAUCACCACCAUCUAAUCCAUUGUUGGGAGUUCGUGCACUAAAAGAUACUGGAUCCAUUCGAGGAAAUCAGGACAGCCGUACAUUUCAUCCUGAAUCAUCUGGAUCUGCCAUGUCUAGUAUUGCCAACAGUCUCAAUCUAGAUGAGAAUCAACCCCGUUUUUUGCAUGGAAAGAAUACGCAAGUAUUGGUUUUGGAGAAAACUCUAAGUGACAUCAGUCUAUUAGAUGUGUAUGAAGUACAUGGCUCAAGUCGACUACCGUCAUUGUCCGUUAAGCUAGCUGAUUUAGGAAAUGCAUGCUGGGUAAACCAUCAUUUUACUAGCGAUAUUCAAACUAGACAGUACCGAUCACCAGAAGUCAUCAUUGGUGCACACUAUGACACAAGUGCAGACAUAUGGAGUCUUGGAUGCAUUCUUUUUGAACUGCUUACUGGUGACUAUCUGUUUGAUCCACAGGCGGGAUCGCGAUACACAAAAGAUGAUGAUCAUGCUGCUCAGAUUGUAGAGCUUCUUGGUAAUUUUCCAAAAAAUAUGGCUUUAUCGGGAAAGUACAGUAGCAAUUUAUUUACCAGAAAAGGUGAGUUGCGUCACAUUCACAAACUAAGAUUCUGGAGACUACAAGACGUAUUGCACGAAAAGUAUCAUUUUUCAGUGGCAGAUGCUACUGCUAUUUCAUCUUUUAUUCUACCCAUGCUGGAAAUCAAUCCUUUAAAAAGGUAA